AGAGGAAGAAGAAAUGACGAUGGCAUACUCUUCUUCAUCUCUCUCUUCAUUUCCCUACACAAAACCACACACCCCACCACCCACAUCUACCAAAAAAGGACUGCUGCCUGCCACUGCUGGUGGUCGUGGUGGUCGUGAUGGUGGGAAUCUUCGUUUCUCCAUUAAAGCAGUGAAAUCACCCGAGUCUGCUGACCCUCCUGCUACUACUACUGAAACUGAAACUGAAACCCCUGCUGCUGCUCCAAAACCCCCCAAGAAGCCUGUUUAUUCCAUGAAAAAGGGACAGAUUGUUAGAGUAGAGAAAGAAAAGUAUCUAAACAGUAUCAAUUAUCUAUCUGUUGGACAUCCUCCUUAUUAUAAAGGGUUGGACUACAUAUACGAAGACCGUGGGGAGGUCUUGGAUAUCCGUAUCUUCGAAACAGGAGAGUAUGCACUUAUUGCAUGGAUUGGGGUCCCAACGGCACCAGCUUGGCUUCCAACAGACAUGCUAAUCAAGUCAGACAAGCUCGACUAUGAAAGAAUAUGAAUCAGAAUUUACUGCUUCAAGAAACCUUUGCUUCAUUUCAGUGGAUCCUGUAAUUUGAGUUUUAGUCAAACCCUUCACAAUGAAUUGCGUUUUACUGUAAAGCUGCAAAUUCUACGACAUAAACUUUCUCUUGCUACGCUUUAUGUCAUUCAAUAGAUCCACCAACGAAGGAAGUGGUUUUGGC